AGGGCAAAAAAAAGGGGGGAAAAUAAAAGUAAAUAAAGGAGGGCGGGAAUUGAGAGCAUUGCAGCCCCCAAUCUAAACUGCAAAUGGAGAGCAACUAUGGCGGAGGAAGUGCGGCACUAAUUGGAAGUUCUGGAACUAUCAUUCUCUCUCCUCCUCAACAACAACUACCAACAGUAGAUGUUCAUCAACUUCCAUGUUGCAUCAAAUCCAAUGGUCCUUCCGACGUCUCUGAUUAUUUCAAACCCAAAUCUUCCGGGGUUGAAGUUGAUUGUGGUUUAGAAUUGAAAGAAGCAUUUUAUAGGGGCAGAAAUUUGCAAGGGGUUACUAUUCCUCUUCCUGAGGGUUAUUCUGGCUUUAUAAUAGGAAAGAAGAACUCUAAUAAAGAUAAGACUAAGAAAACAGCGGGAACAGGGAAAGCUCCUGAAAUUUCUUCCAACAGCAGUGAAAACCAUUGGGAGACGCUAGCUAAAUGUGGAAAUAUGACAUUUUGGAAUCAUGAUGGUCUUCCUUCCCAAGAUGAUGCCUCUAUGCGUGUGUUUCAUUGUUUUGCUGUUGCUAAGGCGCUGCAUGAACCAGUGAGCGCUGAAGAACUGACUUGAUCUGCCAUCUGUUACUGAAGCUCUGAAACCAUGAUACAGUAGAAGAGGAGUGAAGUAAUGUGCAAUUUGGUCUGCAACUUUCAUUACAAAGAUCAAGUUGCUGAAUCUCUGAAGAAUCUUCUGAUACAUAGAAAAUAUUUUCCAUGUAUCAUCUUGGCAAAUCGUUAUAUUUGGGAGGCUUUACAAUUUUGCAUUGUACUCAUAUGUAUCUUUGCUCUUGCUAACUCUUACAUUAGGCUGAUGUCGUCUUGUAAAAUCUUGCCGAAUGCUAUGUAAGCAGACUUCUUCACUUGUUUAUCUUGUGGUGGAAUGUAAUGUGAAAUAUAAGCGAGAGAAUUGUACAAGAUA